AUGCCUUCAACAAAAUCAAAUCAGAAAAAAUCUAACCAGAAUAACCCUGAUGUUUUGAAACUACUGGAAAAAUACAAGAAGGAAAGAGAUGAGGCCUUUCAAAAAGAAGAGUCACUCAGAGACAAAAUGAAGCUUUCUGAAAUUAUAACAAGGACUCAUGCUGAAAGUCUUAAACAUAAAGUUCGAGAUCUCACUGUAGAAAACAAAGAUCUGCGUAGAACAGUGAAACGACUAAGAAUUGAAAUGGGACUUGAAUAUGACCCUAAAUUUAAGGGAAAAACAACUAAGGAUAUCAUUGGCAUGCUGCGGGAAAAAGAACAGCAGAGCAGUCAUCUGUCUGAGGAAAACAGCAGUUUAAACCAUCAAAUCAAUCAGCUUACAACUGCAUUAAACUCAAAUGUGCUAGUUAGAAGAACACUGGAAGAGCAACUGUCUUCUGUUCAAUAUGAAAUGAAGGAGUUAACAAAGAAGUACGGUCGUUUGCUAAAACUGUGGGAAGACACAAAAGUGCAAAGGCAUGAACGGGUACUCAUGACUAAUUUCCCUGGGAUAACCCCAAAAAUUUCACCUAAAGAGGUCUGUGACAAAUCUGUGCAGACAGUAACCUCCAUUUCUCAGUACCAGAGGUUUCCAAGGACAAGCUCCUGGGAGCUUGUUCAGUUCCAAGGUGAAUCAGAAAAACUGAAGAAGAAAUUCCAAGACACAUUAGGGAAAACUGGGGCACCUAAACCUCACACUAAAAGUGAAAACAACCUUUAUUCAACUUCUAGUACAGUUAAGAUCACUUACAGAAGUCUUCAUAACUGA